AUGUCGACCCGCCCCCAGAACAUUGGCAUCAAGGCCAUCGAGAUCUACUUCCCCAGCCAGUGUGUUGACCAGGCUGAGCUGGAGAAGUUCGAUGGCGUCAGCGAAGGCAAAUAUACGAUUGGUCUUGGUCAGACCAAGAUGAGCUUCUGUGAUGAUCGUGAGGACAUCUACUCCAUGGCCCUCACCACCCUCUCCUCUCUCCUCCGUAAGUACAACAUCGACCCCAAGUCGAUUGGACGCCUGGAAGUCGGCACGGAGACCAUCCUGGACAAGUCCAAGUCGGUCAAGUCCGUUCUGAUGCAGCUGUUCGAGCCCUCUGGCAACACCAAUGUGGAAGGUGUGGACACGGUGAACGCCUGCUACGGCGGCACCAAUGCCCUCUUCAACAGCAUCAACUGGCUUGAGUCGUCUGCCUGGGAUGGUCGGGAUGCUAUUGUUGUCUGCGGAGACAUUGCUCUGUAUGCUAAGGGCAACGCUCGUCCCACUGGUGGUGCGGGCUGUGUUGCCAUGCUCAUCGGCCCCGAUGCACCAAUCGUUUUCGAGCCGGGUCUCCGUGGCACCCACAUCGCCCAUGCCUACGACUUCUACAAGCCCGAUCUGACGAGCGAGUACCCUGUUGUGGAUGGCCAUUUCUCCAUCAAGUGCUAUACCCAGGCCGUCGAUGCCUGCUACAAGGCCUACAAUGCCCGUGAGCAGGUCCUGAAGGAGAAGGGUGCUGCUCAGAAUGGUGUGGUCGCCGACGACAAGACGCCUUUGGACCGCUUUGAUCACGUCCUGUUCCAUGCUCCCACCUGCAAGUUGGUGGCCAAGUCGUACGCGCGGUUGCUCUACAAUGACUACCUCGCCAACCCGUCCCACCCCGCCUUUAAGGACGUGCCGGCGGAAUUGCGCGAUCUGGACUACGACAAGUCCCUUUCUGACAGAAACGUCGAGAAAACCUUUAUGGCCUUGACCAAGAAGCGCUUUGACGAGCGCGUGAAGCCUAGCAUUGAGGUCGCGACCAUGUGUGGCAACAUGUACAGCGCCAGUGUCUACGGCGGUCUGGUGAGCCUGCUCAGCAACGUGACCUUUGACCCCAGCCAGCCCAAGCGGGUGGCCGUCUUCAGCUAUGGCAGCGGUCUGGCCAGUUCCAUGUUCAGCUUCAAGAUUGUCGGUGAUGUGUCGACGAUGGCUAAGAAGCUGGACUUGCACAACCGGCUCAAUGCCCGUCGUGUCGUGUCUCCUCAGGAAUACGACAACAUGUGUCUGCUCCGUGAACACGCCCACCUCAAGAAGAACUUCAAGCCGGCCGGAAACCCGGAGACCAUUGCUCCCGGCACGUACUACUUGGUCGAGGUUGAUGACAUGUUCCGACGCAAGUACGAGAUCAAGGCAUAG